GCCAAGGAAACAAGAACGUCAAUUUUUAGUGUAGAUAAAGUACACUUUGGUACUUUGAUGCGUAAUUUGAUGACAGUUUAUUUAUAGUUUUGCGUUAGUUUCACCUCAAAAUGCUCAAAAAUAUACCAUCGAUGACAUCUAUUAGAUCUGAUGUCAGUAUUUAUUAGAAAUGCAGUGGCACUAACUACUGACGAAGUAGUGAAUUGUUGCGUAGGUGGCUGUAACUUCGCUUGGACUGUCUCAUUGCACUUAACGUUAACAAAAAAUAAAAGUGUCAACCUUGGAUUGUACGAUUCGAUAAAGAGUUCAAUGUCUGUAGAUUUUCCUACCAUAUUUUAUUUGUGACUGUGUAAAAACAGUCAAAUCAACAUACAGCAAUUAUGGAACAAAUGAUUGCUUUAAGUGCACAGAAUUCUUUGUCUUUAUUGGUAAAAUUUGGGAUAAUGGCUUGGAAUAAUACCUGUGGCAAUGAAAAUUGUUCUGGACAUGGAGAAUGCCACAAUGGUACUUGCUUAUGCGAGAUUCAGUUCGAUGGAUUGGAAUGUCAUGUUCCAAAUUUAAGUUAUUACAUUGCAUUUGCAACAAUAUUCUUUAUGUUGGCAUUUGUGUGUCUGAUACAACUUAUUAUGUGCAUUGUUGCCGAAUGGCAAAAGAUGAAAGCACCAUCUUUUCUCAGAGCCUGUAGAGUUACCACACAGAAAGUUUUGUAUUUCAUUGUGUUUCUGGCAUCAGUAAUUAGAGGAGCAUAUUUUACAUCACCAACUGCAUUCAAGGAAGGAUGGUCAAGAAGUUUGUUAUCAGCAUACUAUCCACUUGUUUUAAGCGGGUCCUCGUUAAUCGUUUGUUUCUGGGCUGAAGUAUUUCAUUUGAGAGACAUAUCAUGGGAUAAACCACAGUUUCUAUCAAAAUCAUUUAUGGGUUUUGUUGUAUUUAAUGUGUUAACGUAUUCUCUGCUUUUAGCAGAAUUCACGACUGCUCAAAUAUAUUCGCAAGAAGAUCAGAGCUUUUAUACACAUAUUUUUAAUGGAUGUUAUGCAGUGCUUCUGUUCAUUGUUGUAGUAUUUUUUUUGAUCUAUGGAGUAGAAGUCUUUUUCAAGGUUCGAGGUGGAUUUUUAUAUGAUUAUCAAGGUUCUACGGUUGUGAACAAACGUAUGGUUUCUGAUUUAAAAGUUAAUGUAGAGGAACAAGUUACCGCAAAAUUAUUUGAUCCUGUUCCAAGUACAUCACAAUCGUUGCAAACACAACAAGAAAUAAAUAUUUCUCAAUUGCACCAGUCUCGCGUUGGAUUAUUAUCGCAAGCUUUCAUGCUUUUUAUUAUUGUCGGAUUUUUGUGCAGCGAAACGCUUAGUGAAUUUUGGAAAACUAAGGUUCCCUUAUAUAGCAGGAAUUGGCAUGAUAUUGUUUUCCGUGUCAUUGAAGUUGGAGUUGUAUUGUGGUUCCCAUGUGUGUUGUGGAAUUGUUUUAGUCCAGAACAAUUGUGGAUUUUAAAUCCGAAGCGUAUAUUGAAAAGACUAGAUCAGUCUAAAUAUAUGAAAGAAAUUGAAUUACAAGACAAAAGCGGAGAACAAGACGCUGCGUUAUUCUCAGAUGGAACAUCGAUUAGUAGUAAAGACUGUUGGAUUUGUUAUGAUAGUGACAGGCAAGAUGCUGGUCCAUUGAUACAACCUUGUCAAUGUAGAGGGGAUGUAAGCGCGGUUCAUCAUAAUUGUUUACGUCGAUGGUUAGUCGAGAGUGCUGUAAAUGCUGAUAGUCUCACUUGCAAAGUGUGUGGUGCACAGUAUAAUGUUGAACACGCAGAUAGGUUAGAUUGGCAAAAUAGUAUAACUUCGCGUCAUUGUUUGCAAACUAUUGCUAUUGUCACUACAAUGUGUGGGUCCUCUGCUGCUGCCUGGACACUUAUUCAAUUAGUAGAGGGACCUAUUAUUAGAAUGUUUGCAGCCGGUGCUGCAUUAUUGGUGAUGUACGUUUGUAUAAGAUUUUUAAGUUUAAACACAGUAGUUGCGUAUCAACGUGCCAAAAUUUCAUCUUUAAAUAUUAUCAGUUCUGACAGUAAUGGGAGUGCACAUGUUUCAACUAUUAGUCACACAAUUUGUGUAGACCUGCCAAAGUCUGAAACAGCGACGAUUUAAUUAAUAUUUGCCUAUUUUCUUUUUAUUAAUGAGAAUAAUCUGCAGGAAAAUAUAGAACACAAUUCUUAAAACUUUAAAUGGAUGUAAAUUAUGUGUGAAAUUGCAUAUAUUUUACACAGAACUUUUUUCUAUGAUUCGUUAGACAACUAUAAAAAAAAAGUUGAUUUGAAUAGUUAAUUUACGAAUUAUGAAAAAUGUAUUGCGUAAUUUAUUACUGUGUUGAAGAAAAAAAGCGAUUGCCAAAUUUCAAGUUUUCGUAUGUUUUUUGACUAGUCUGUCGACAAGUUACCGUAAAUUUAAGAAAUUCCAAUUAUUUUUGUGUUCUUAGUAGCAAAUCGAAUAUUUAUAUCAACAUAUUUGCCAGUAUAAAAAUUUGUGCUACUAAGGGCUGACAAUAUUUUUUUUUUUAAUCAAUAUUGAUAAUGUGAUAUCUAAAAAUGUCAUUUCAGGGUGACAUGAAUUUAAUAUUUAACAUUUAAUAUUAAAAUUAUUUUUUUAAUUAUAUAUAAAAAAAAGAAUAAGAUUUUCCGAAAAGUAAUUUUGAAAAUGAAGUUGCUUUAUAUACAUUAUGCAAGUGCGAAAAUUAUUUCUGCAGUGGUAAAUUUGCAAUAUCAUAAUUAGUAUUUAUAAAAUAAAUUAUAAAUAUCUCGAAAUAGUGGUGAUUGCAAAUAUGAGAAUAAAUGCAGUGUUAAAGAAGGGAUUGUUCUCAACAGAAAACAAGCGCAUAGUUUUGUAACUAUAUUGCGCUAAUCAUAUGUAAGUCUAUAAUGAGUCCAUAAUACAGAACAAAUGAUUACGACGAGAACAUUAUACGGAACAAACGUAUAAGAAAAUAGAUUAUCUAAAAUUACAAAAUUAAAUCUUAGUGAAUAAUUAUUCUGCAUAAGAUUAACCGAACUUAUCCUCAUUUCAAUCAUCUAUGGUUAUGUAAAUUUUGUACCACAUUUAUGGUUUUACGAAAUUGGAAACAUUAUGUAUAAUAAUACAUAUAUUAUGGAUGAUCCAUUGGUAUGUAAUGCUAUUUUAAUAGGUAGUAAGACUUAUGUUGUUUCUGUGUUACAUGAAUUUUAUAUUUGAGAAUACUCGUAUUUCAUAUGAUAUCUAGUUUUGUAGAACGUGUAUAUAGUAUUAUAAUUAUAAAAUUAUAUGUAUCUUCUCUUCUUGGAAGGGGGUAUAUUAUGUAUGUAAUAUCGUACUACUAAUGAAUAUUUUCUGUUUUUUUCUUUUGUAGAAGUACAAAAACAUUUUAAUGGUAAUAACUGAUUAUAAUAAUUGUAAAUGUAGAACAGUUAUUUAUAUGAUGGUUCCAUUAACGACUAUUAAAAAAUACAUUUUAUAGGUUACAACAAUAUAAAUGAUUAGCCAUUCUGUAUUAAAGAAUACUAACAGAAGUAAAAUAAUAUCUGCUUAAUAUAAGAUAGAACAAAUAUUAAGGUAAAUCUAUACAAUGUAAUAAAAACGAUGUUGUUUUCAUUACAAUGUUUACUCUUUUUAUUAUGAACUGGCUGACAUAACCAAUUCGUAUUCAAAAUAUGUAUUUACUGUUCGUGGAUUUGCGUACAAGUAACGAAGUAUGUAAGGUAUAACAAAUAAUUAAAAUAUCACAAAUAUGUUUAACAUCGAUAUAAUUAACUUUUAAAAACCUGAAAUUUCUGAUUAGAGAAACUACUAUUAUUUUCAUUAUUCUGCGGAAGAAACUUAAAAAUAUUAUCAGCACUUAAUCUAAUAAAAUUAAUUUCAAUUCAUCCUCAUAGAAAUACUAAGAUAUAUAAAUAUGUAUUAACAUCAGCCAUAUUCAUGUUAUUGCAUGUAAAAUGUAGGAAAAGAAGGGAAUAGUAGUAAGUUGUGAUAA